GGAAUAUUUGAAUCCAUUGAAAGCGGCCCGUCAGGAGCAGAGGAACUCGCCUUUAAAUUUGCCUUGAACACAAUCAACAGGAACCGCACCCUGCUGCCCAACACCACACUCACAUAUGACAUCCAGAGAAUAAACAUCUUCGACAGCUUCGAGGCCUCCAGAAAAGGUGAGUGGAUGAGGAGGAUAGGAAGCAGACAUCGGGUGUGUUCAUUAGUGCACACCGUAGCAAAACGUUUUGCAUCGGGAAACAAUUAGCAAAGAAAGCAAGCCUUUCUUAUUGGACAAGUUCAGGUUAGUCCUUUCCUGUUAUAGCCAUUUGCUUCUGUUUGGUUGCUAGUGAAUACACCCCUGGGAUAAAAUACAUUCUGAGUGGUUGUUUGAGCCUGCCUGGAGUGCCAGAUGGGCGGGGUUUGCAUUCUUGGGACUAUUCCACAGCUAUAAUGCACCUAUCAGAAUCCAGGUCUGAGAGAGAGAGAGGGAGAGAGAGAGAGAGAGAGAGAGAGAGAGAGAGAGAGAGUUUAUUUUACUGUUUUUUCAACAGAACAUUGUACAAAUGGCAGCCACAUGCUAAAUUGUGAGUACAAUUGAUUGUACUGAAAUACAAUAAACAACAGAUAUAGGCAAAAAUGAUGUUGAUUGUCAUCUGUUCAGCAGACAAACCAUGGCUGGGAUGGAGCUGCAAUGGAAAUGCUCAGUCCUGCAGUGGAUCAGUUCCAGUUUAGUUGAGGAGCAGGUCGGGUGUAAGAACACAGAUGAUCAUUGGGGUGGGAGCAUAUGGCGGUAGGGAUCAAAGUUGUGAUAGGAAGACUUCACAUGAAAUAUGAUAGAUUGAGUAAGGCUCCUUUGUUAUUAAUGAAUUAUUAUUAAUCUGCCAUUACAAAAGGGUAUCAUGAAUAAUUGCAAGAUGGUGGUCUAGAUUCUACAGGUUGCAAUAGUAAGACAGCUACAUCUGUUAUUAGCAUUGCUAAUUCUGAGUAUCUCUGGGAUUAGUUAUUUAUUUAUGUUUUUUGUUUGUUUGUGGGAGAUUAUGACAAAAAUAAUGGUGGCUGUUUUUUUGCAGGUGUGAAAUGUGGGAAUAUACAUUUAUUGAGAAUGACUCUGAUUAGCUGUUAAGAAUAUUUAGCUGAUGCUGCCUACAAACUGAUUGCAUCUGAUGUGCUCAAUUAAGUUAUAUACAAGAAAUGUGUUUAUAGUAUUUGAUUUGACAUUUUGAAAUAAAUAAGUGACAAAUAGCAAAAAAAAGUAUCAAGUCCAGGCUGAGAUCUUAUAUUAUAGUAAGCGUUAUAGUCUAGUUAGGUAAAUCAAGAUGCUAUGUACUUACUCCUACUAGCAUUGUUGGGGAAGCUACUCUGAAAACAUAGUUUACAAAGCUACCAAUUACUUUGCACUGGAAGAAGUUAAGCUACACUAAAACUACCCUUAAGAAAAAUAUAAUUUACUUGAAUUAAGUUCAACUACCAACAAGCUACUGCAAAAUAUAUUUAAAUUACUAGUUGAACUACAUGUAGUUCACUACUCCCCAAAACUGCCUACUUGUAUCCGUGAGACUCAAUGCAAAGUGUGACUGACAUUCCUCUUGAUUCAAUGACAUCCCUCUUGAUCUAAUGAGGGAGAGACUAGGGUCUUUCUUGAUCAGUAUUCCCAUGGUGCAUUGCAUGCAGUAGAGCUGAGAGGAGCCGAAGGCUUCCACCUAAACACAAAUCUAACAAACACCUCUCUCUGCCUCCUACCCCCCAGCCUGUGACCAGCUGUCCUUGGGGGUGGCGGCCAUCUUUGGCCCCUCCCACAGCUCGUCAGCCAACGCAGUCCAGUCCAUUUGUAAUGCCCUGGGGGUGCCCCACAUCCAGGCCAAGUGGAAGCACCAGGUGUCGGACAACAGGGACUCGUACUACGUCAGCCUCUACCCGGACUUCCAGUCCCUCAGCCGGGCCAUCCUGGACCUGGUCCACUUCUUCAAAUGGAGGACGGUCACUGUGGUCUAUGACGACAGCACAGGUACAGGUACAGAUAUCUUGGAUGAUUGAUGAUGAUGAUGAAGAUGAUGAUCAAAAGGUGAAAGACAUAAACAAAUAUUUGAGAUUAAACUAAAAAAACUGCUACUCAAACAUAAACACACCGUUUUAUAGGGGUGGUAGGUAGCCGAGAGGUUAGUAGCUUGGACGUUGCCGGUUUGAGUCUUGGGCUGGGCAAUAAAAGUGGGAGAUUAAUUGUCAUGCACUUGAGCAAGGCACUAAUACCCUGCAUAAGUCCAGGGGUGCUGCGGCUUAAAUGUGCUCCUCCCAAAAUGUGUUUAGGUGCAGAAGAGUAGAACUGUUCUAUUCUUUCCCUCAAGAGUUUAGCAUUGAAUGUCUGGCCAUGAAAUCUUUAGCCCCUCAAAGUCCUCCAGGUGUACUCCACGUCAAAACUGGAGCCCUCUAUAUGAGUGAGCAGCCCUGAAAAACCACAUUACCCAGAAUGACCCUCUCCCCGAGUCUCCUCAGAUUAAUGCCAUGCAGAAUGAACGUGAGAGCUGACAGCAGCCAUGAAUAAAAGACAGACUCGUCCUUUGAGGGUCCUCGUCCACUGCUGUAUCCGUCUGCCGGAUCGCCUGCUGUGAUAUGCAUUUUUAAAAGCAGAGUAAUAUUUUACACUGUUGAGUACUGUUAUAUAUAUGUAUGUCUCUUAUUUUACGAUCCUUUGGAAGGACAAGGUUGUCCACUUCAUGGAGCGUAAUUGGAUUAAAUAUGUUGAACAUACUUGUUUGUUACAAAUACAUGGGUUGCAUGGUGAGUCUAUUGUUGAAUAUGUCCAAUUGUGGUGGCUUCUUCAGUUGAAGUUCUGUAUUUUUGGCACAUUUUACACCUCUUUUUACUACAUUGGUGUCAUGAGGUGUCUUACCCUGAAUCACAAAUCGAUCCCUAGCUCAUACUGUCCUUUCAGAGAGCAAGAUUAAGCUACUACACCUAUUAAAUCUGGUUCGAUCUACACAAGUGCAUAGGUUGAUUAGGGAUUCAGUCUUACCUUUUACAAUCAACUGGUAGAGGAUAGAUCAACCAUCAGGAUUUAUUAUUCGGUGUUAAUUGAAAUGAAUGGCUCAGUGAUAGGGUGACCAUGUCUCUGUCACAUCCAUUUACUUUGUGGAGAGCCGCCACUGUAGCAUGGUGACAGUGUAUUAACCUUGGCUAAGGUCACAGUGAAUGGUCCAACUCACCGUCCGCUGCAAUGAGUCAUCUCAUUUGCCACUGUUCCACUCCUCCUCAUUGGAUGUGUCAAUAUUUACACAAUAUUCUCUAUGUAGUGCACUACUUUUGGACUGGUCAAAAGUAGUGCGCUCUAAAGGGAAUAGGGUGCCAUUUGGGAUGCAUCCAUUUAUCAUCACCCUCACCUCCAUAACACUGCCCACUGGCAUGCAUUGAUUCCCCCAAAAAGGACUCUAGGGAUGGUGUUAGAGAUUAUUUAAGGGUAGGGUCACUCGAAACCAGGUAAGCCUGAUGAUAGUUUCCUCCUCGGGGGAGCGUUUUUAGGUUAACAUACCACCUCACAGUGACAGAGUUGGGGUGAGAGAGCCUGGGUGAUGUCAACCACACACACACACACACACACACACACACUCACACACUUGGUCUGUAAUCACACAGCUUCAUGCUCCAGGACGUUCACCCCUGAUUGGAGCCUAUCUGACAUCUGGCGGAAAGAACUAUCAGAGGGGAUAAAAUAAAAUAUUCACACACAGCCUUCUGAGGAUCGGGAAGGGAAAGUCAGAAGGCAUUAUCCAGAGCCCCACAAACAUCGGCCCUGACAGUCUAUCCCAUAUGCUGAACGAUUUUCCGCUUACGCCUCCCAAGUGUCUGUACGGACCAAAACAGAGAAGGGAGAGAUGCCCUGGAGUAGGGAUCUUCUGGGAUUACCUGAGGCGAAGAUCCCAGAUUUUGGAAUACCUAUCUCCCUCACAAAAAACUGCAGUAUUUCCUUCCAACACAAGAUAACACAUUCCUUAUUCUUAUUUCACAGCAAUCCCUAUUGAAACUCCCGAGGGAGAAUCAGCCCCCACUCACAGUAAGACCAUUCAAUUGCCCACACAGCACUUCGUUCCAACAAAAAGUUCUGAGCAGUCCUAAAGUGCUUCUUCAAAACCCCUUUCUUCUCUCUCCCAGACUCCCUCCCCAUUUUUACACCCAUGACAAGUAAUCAUUUCUACCAUCAAUCCAGCCCUACUUCAUCCCAAGGCUCAGAAGUCCUCUGUGGAGAGGAGAAACUCAUUGUAAUCUCAUCAGUGUCUCUCUGAGAGGUUUCUAGCUGAGUGCGGGUGGGGAAAUGAAAGGUGCAGAUUGUUGCUCAAUAUGAGGCGGUGUUAAGGUUAUAUGGGGCCUCCCUAGGGGGGAGUAGUCAGGCAAACAGAGGCUCAAAUCAGAACAGUACCUUGGGAGAGAGAAAGUGAGAAUGGAUUGACUGUGGCUUCCAACACUAACAGAUUUAAGUCAUUCCACGCUAGAAUAGGGAGUAGUGUGUGAACUGGCAUUUUUAAGGUGCUUCUUCGAUGAAGCUGGACUCUACUGAAGUAAAGUGCUUUUUGGUGUAUGAGAAAAAUAUGUGUUGAGUUGGUGCAGAGCUCUGUUGACAGUUCUUCAAUACUGUAUCAUGGGUGGUAUUCUGAUUUGCCUCAAAAUACAAUUGUGCAAGUCAACCAUUGACACCAUUGAAUGAUUUGCCAGUGAUUAGAAGAGUCAGAAUACCGCCCUAUGUGUAUGUUUGCCAAGUGUGAGUGGGAGAAUCAAAUCAACUAUGGAAUAGAGAGCCAUGUAUUUGGGCUGUUUUAUUUUAAAGAUUUGCAUUUGAACUGUACGCCUUUUCCAAUGGCACUUAUAUUAAUUUCAAGUUCAUACUUAUUUUUCAAAUUCCUGUCACUCUUGUAUAAGUUGUCCAUUUCUGGUCUCCAGGUCUUAUUCGGUUGCAGGAGCUGAUCAAGGCCCCCUCCCGAUUCAACAUUCGUUUGAAGAUCCGACAGUUGCCGACGGAGACCAAGGACGCCAAGCCACUUCUGAAAGAGAUGAAGAAAGCAAAGGAGUUCCAUGUGAUCUUUGACUGCGGCCACGUAAUGGCCGCCUGGAUCCUGAAACAGGUCAGUGUCUGUCUUAGGUCUUUCUCAGAACCAUUUUGAAACCAGAGACGGGUUGGACUUUGUCAGAUUUCUUGGAUUGGAGAUUUAUUUAUAUGAAUUAGCUCCAGAAUGAUCCCUCAUUGAAUAUCUCAUACUUAUGGUUUCAGGUCCAAUACCUACAGUUUGGUCAUUCAAUUCCUUUUUAUCUGAAUCAGACUCAUUUGGAUAUCUAAUUUUACUUGUUUAUCUCCUUUUUUAGAAUAUUACAGUUCCAUUACUGUAUUUCCAUAAUGGAUGCUCUAUGCCAAAAUACAGUUUUAAUUAGCAACUCUGCCUCUGCUCGCAGGCAUGUUUGAGACAUUACGAUUAAUCUCUGUCACAUUGUUAAUGAGAAGUGCUCAUAUCCAUUGCCAAACACACGUUUUCGGGCAGAGUAUAUUACAUUGUAUUGUGUCAAGUGUUCAGUUUGCAAAUUAUAUCCAGCAUUCCUACCAACAUUGCCUCAAUGUGAAACAUCCGCUAGAAAAUGUGUGCUGAAUCAUGGCAUUUUUUAAAUAUAUAUAUAUAUAUAUUUUUUUUUCACCUUUAUUUAACCAGGUAAGCCAGAUGAGAACAAGUUCUCAUUUACAACUGCGACCUGGCCAAGAUAAAGCAAAGCAGUGCGAUAAAAACAACAACAACACAAAGUUACAUAUGGAAAGAAACAAAACGUACAGUCAAUAACACAAUAGAAAAUCUAUAUACAGUGUGUGCAAAUGUAGUAAAUUAUGGAGGUAAGGCAAUAAAUAGGCCAUAGUGCAAAAUAAUUACAAUUUAGUAUUAACACUGGAGUGAUAGAUGUGCAGAAGAUGAUGUGCAAAUAGAGAUAUUGGGGUGCAAAUGAGCAAAAUAAAUAACAAUAUGGGGAUGAGGUAGUUGGGUGGGCUAAUUACAGAUGGGCUGUGUACAGGUGCAGUGAUCGGUAAGCUGCUCUGACAACUGAUGCUUAAAGUUAGUGGGGGAGAUAAGAGUCUCCAGUUUCAGAGAUUUUUGCAGUUCGUUCCAGUCAUUGGCAGCAGAGAACUGGAAGGAAUGGCGGCCAAAGGAGGUCUUGGCUUUGGGGAUGACCAGUGAGACAUACCUGCUGGAGUGCAUACUACGGGUGGGUGUUGCUAUGGUGACCAAUGAGCUAAGAUAAGGCGGGGAUUUGCCUAGCAGUGAUUUAUAGAUGACCUGGAGCCAGUGGGUUUGACGACAUUGAAAGAUUUCAAUGAUUAUCUGCACUGUGUGUUGCCUAAAAUAUGUUAAAAGUUCAUAGGAAAUUCACCAGAUGUGUUUAGCAUAUUGUCUCACUAUGCUGUAUAUUUGUUUAGGUACUUUGACCAUAGUCAGUAUUGUGGUUUUCCCACAGGCUCUAGCCAUGGGAAUGAUGACGGAGUACUACCACUACAUCUUCACCACG